AACAUGUCAUAAUGACUGCCCGCAUGGAAUUCAUACAUGCACUGCAUUCUAUCGAUGAAAGACUUUAUCAAAGUCUUUUUUAUCAUUUCAAUCUAUACUUUGGCUUAUUUCUUUAUUAUAAUAUCUAGUAGUCUUUGUGUGGUUGUAUAUAUGGCAUCGUCAGCGUCAUCUAGAUCGAAAUCAACACUCCAUCUUUAUUAUCGUCCGGUAUAAUUCCAAACUAUAUUAUUUUUUAUAAAGCUUCUUACUAUGCCAUAAAAUUGAAUAUAGGCAUCCGAAGGGAUUGCAGGCGGAAAUGCCACUGUUGUUGACUGCUAUUGUCAACGCAACUGCCUGCCAACGGCUAUACAACUCUACAGAUAAUCAUGACGAGCAUUAUGGUCAUCAUGGUGAUAACUUUAGGCAGACGAUGGCUACCUACAACAAUUAACUACCACAACAACCAUCAAAGACACUCGUUAAAAACCAUGCCAUUCAUCAUGCCUCGUGGUUAUAAAAAGGUCUUCUCUUUCUGCAAAGAGAAGAUUCAGUCUUCCUGCAAGAAAGAGGGAAAAUCCCCCUCCAACUCAUCUUCUACAUCCUUCCACUCCUCAUCUUCAUACCAAUCUCGCCCUCCUCUCCUUCGAUUACCAGCCGAUCUCAUCGAAGGAAUCACCUAUUUCCUCUCUCCCGCUUCGCAGGUCUCGCUGGCCCUGACCUGCAAGCUUCUUCUGCAGACCAUCAACGCAGACAACAAACUGCAAAAGUCUAAGAAGUUGCAGGAUAGCAACACAUUUUACCACACCAAAACCCUCGAUCCGUGGAGCCUGUUCUGUACCCACCGUUGGGCGCUGCUCCUCCUGCUCGAGGAUGAUAAAUGGCGCUGCUGCGCCGACUGCAGCAGCCUCCAUCCUCACAAGGAAUUCCCCUCCGCAGAGCUGGACAAACCAGCUCACGAGCGAAAAUGCGGACUGGGAAUGUCAGCGGGGUACAUCGACCUCUGUCCCUGCUACAGACUCACAUCCCGGAAGCUGUGGAAGUUAUUCACCCAGCUUAAGACCGGCGUCAACCGCCCCAUGUUGGGCUGGACUACAGACGGCGUCAGAUUCUCGCAUACAUGCCAGCAUAGCCAGGAGUGGUGGUCCAUCGACAUGACCGUCACCCUGGGCCUGAGCAUCGACAAAAGCGAGGUCUACGUCAACACCAACUACUCGAUGCCGGCCAUCAUCAUGCACAGCCCCAAGCUGCGGGCAACAGUCCCCUUCAGCUGCUGUCGCAGAGCAAACGUCCUCCAGCGCCUCGUCGACAUGACAAGAAUCGACUACGACAUCAACUUCGGCUUGCGCCGGGCAUCUCUCGCAAACAUUCAGCGCAGACAAUGCGAGUUGUGCCCUUCCUGCAGAGUACCCGUGAAGGUCGACCACAAGGACCACGGCCGUAUUUACUUCCGCACGUCACGGGCUUUCAGCAAGGGCAUGUUCCGGUACAACAACCAGUUCUGCCCUCAUAGCUCGUGGUUCUCUCAGUGCAUAUACGAGAACAAGACUGAGCUGCAGGAACAUGUGUUGAUGUUCAAUCAUAAGAACACACACUGGCGUGAGUCGACACCAUACACGCCUGGAAAUUUAUUGGAGGAGACCAACGAAUUGGAAGAGAUCAAUUCGAUACAGACUGAUCUGUUACAGUCUGAUUUGUUAAGAAUCGACUCGGCAAUGUCCUUGGCCAUGUUGUUUAAUCGUGGCCAUUACUUUGGAGAAGAAUGGUACUGAAUCAAUCAUGUACCAUAUACGUAUAUAUCAUGUACUGGGGAUGUUUUGUUAUUUUGUUAGAGAUGGAAGAUUUGACUUAUCUUACUCAUGUGUGUAUGUGUGUGUGUAUAAAUUUGUGUCACCAAUGGAACGAUGUUCAACCUUCC